GUAGAUCAUUUGGUUAUUCAUAUGUGAACUUUAUUAUGAUUGAAAGAAUACUAAUAAUUUCAAUUUUUAUCGGUAUUGCCAGAGCAAACUUGGAAGUUUCGGACAUUCGAUUAACUGGUGGAAAAACCGAAAAUCAAGGUUUUGUAGAAAUUCUUUCUCGCGGAAGUUGGGGUAGAAUAUGCGUCGACGACUGGGGAAUCGAGGAGAGUGCAGUUGUCUGUCGCAUGCUAAAUUUUAAUCGAUUUGCUAACCUUUCCGUCGAUGCAACCGAUCCUGGGACGCCUUUUGUUUAUACCAAUGGUUUGCAAUGUGUGGGUACGGAGAUAAGACUGACCGAUUGUGCCACAGAUUUAUCGAAAACUUCUAGUUGCUCGAUUGCAAUAGUCAAGGUGUUUUGCUCAGAAAUAGAGGAUGUUCGUUUGUCUGGCGGAUACAAACCAAACCAGGGUUAUGUUGAGGUUAAAUCAGAGGGCAAAUGGGGACAACUUUGUUCCGCAAACUGGGGAGACAAUGAAACAGAAGCAGUUUGUCGCCAGGUCGGAUUUCAGCGAAUUGGGAAGUCUCUUAAAGCAAAAAUACUGACAAAAUCAAUAUUACCUAUUUUUUUAAACAACAUUACAUGUGCCGGUGACGAAACGGAACUUAGAUUUUGUAAUCAUGGAUUACUUGGCGAAUCCAACUGCACGAACAAGGAAAAUGUAACUAUUGUAUGUUCGGAAAUUGAAAACGUGCGAUUGUCUGGAGGAGACAAAAUCAAUCAAGGAUACGUUGAAGUUCAAUCUGCUGGAGAAUGGGGGAAAAUUUGCAGCAAGAAGUGGAGUGCAAAAGAAACAAAAGCUGUUUGUCGACACCUCGGAUACGAGAGAAUUGCAUUCAUCCACGCUAUUACAGUAGAUCAACCUGCAUCUCCGGGUUUCUUAGAUAACUUAGAAUGCGCUGGAAACGAAACAAAUUUGAGGGAUUGUCAACAUCAAUCAAUUGGGUUUUCUAAUUGUAGCGAAAACAAAGAAAAUGUGACUAUUGUUUGUUCCGAGAUUGAGGCAGUGCGCCUCAGAGGAGGUCGAUCAAGAAAUCAGGGAUUUGUGGAAAUACUGUCGGAAGGGGAAUGGGGAUUGGUGUGCGACAAUGAUUGGGGGAUGUUAAAUAAGGAAGUGGUUUGUCGUCAACUUGGUUAUUACAGAGUGUCCUUACUACCAGUGGCAGCUACUCAACCAAAUUCAUCCGUAUUCUUGGACAACAUAUCAUGUACAGGGAAAGAAAAUCAUCUUAGAAACUGCACGCACGGAAAACUCACUACGUCAAGCGACUGUACUAACAAGCAGUGGGCAAAAAUUGUAUGUACAGAUUCGAUCAGCGUUGGACCCGGCAUUGCACACUUGAAAUAUCUAAGUUAUGAAACAAAUGAGACAUACAACUUCGUAUGCAGAGACGCAAACAACUCACGUUAUGUUCGUUCAAAUGAGACGUGUGAUAAUUCAGAACUGGCUUCAUCGAUAGAAUGCAAAUCGACAAUUAUAUCGGAUGGCGUUGACAUUGAUUUUGAUUACUCAACAUACGUGGAAUUUAAUUGCAAUUCUACAUUCAAUUCUCUCUUGGAGGAGGUGGCUAGUGCCGAAAUUAAAACUAACAAAGCAAAAGCUAUUUUGGGCGAUUUGAGUGCAAUAUCUGCAAAUAUGUCUACAUCCAACCAAGAAAAUGAAACUGAUAUUCAAAUGGUUGUAGAUAUCGUCAGUAAUUUACAGAAAGGAGUCAGUCAAGGCGACGCAACGGUAGAAAAAUCUGGAAUGACAUUCUUGGUGUGGUCAACUGAUCAGUUUCAUACUGCAGUCACAGCCGAACUUGAUGGAAAAUCGAACAAGCCAAACGAUAGUACGAUAACAGUGUUUACAACAGCGGUUGAGGACUUUUCGAAUAAUUUAAAUGUAGAUUCUGAAGAAGGAAAAAUGAUUGUCGAAACUUAUUCUUCUGUGUUCGAGGCAACAGAAGUAAAUGGAACAAAUAUUCAAAACGUAACUUUUCAGCAUACUAACGUUACUAAGUCACAGUUAGUUACAGCCGAAAUUCCAGCAUCUGCGUUUACAAAUGCCACAGACAACAACACCAUUUCAAAUAAAGUUGCGUCAUUUUAUUUGCACAGAGAUUCAGCAUUGUAUCCGAAUCCAAAAGUGGAAAACACCAAAAUUUCGAAGGUUCUCAGUGUGAAAGUUGCUGGGAUAACUUUGACAAAUCUUACUGAGUCAAUCAAAUUGGGAUUCGGGUAUGAAGAGGAUAUUAUUGAGAAGUUCCCAGAUUUUAAAAAGGCUAAAGUUAUUCACUUUGAAAAAUGUGCUUAUCUAAACACGAGUACUAAUGAAUGGGAAACGUAUGGAUGUAGAAUAGAAUUAAACGAAGACAGAGUGACGAGGUGCUUUUGCGAUCACGCUACAAGUUUUGCGGUUCUUGUGCAAACAUACAAAGUACCAGUUGCAUUCGAACUACAAAUUGUUGGAUAUAUAGGAUGCGUUUCAUCUAUUGUUGGUCUGUUCUUUAUGCUUCUAAUUUAUGGAUUAUUCAGAGACUUGCGUUCAGGACAAAUAAAUCAAAUACACAUGCAUAUGGGAUUCUGUCUUUUAGCAAUGUAUAUUACUUUUCUGGUUGGAAUUGAGAGAAAUAAAAAUUAUAUUGCAUGCAUGUCCGUGGCUGCAUUUCUUCAGUUUACGCUUCUCUCCGUGUGGGGUUGGAUGCUUGCUGAAAAUAUUACAAUGUGCAAGAAAUUCUUUACCAUGAACUCCAAGUGUGGACCAAAGUAUACUCUGAAAUUUGCUGUAGUAAUCUACGUUGUAUGCGCAGCUGCAGCUUCCAUUAAUGCUGGGGUUAUAUCUAUGAAAGACAAAAAUCGCUGGGAUCAAUGGAAAUUAGUACAAGAAAAUGGAACAAGAUUCAGGCCUUCAGAAUACAUCGGAGAUACUCUGUGCUGGUUACAUGGCUAUUCUUUGUUCUUUGGAUUUCUUACACCUAUCGGAAUAGUUUUGGUAAUCAAUAUGAUUGGGUGUGUUGCUAUUGCGCGGAAAAUCGCAAUGAGCGGAUCCAAGGUCCGCUCAAAGAAAACCGAGGUUUCAGAGCAUAUUUUUCGAACGGUGAUGGUUGGUGUACUUCUUGGAGUAACUUGGGUAUUUGCGAUUCCACUGACAUUGACCCACGAUGAAAUCGUUAACGGAAUUUUUGGAUGGCUUUUCAAUAUCUUCAAUGCCUUUCAGGGCCUGGUCAUUUUCUUACUUCUAUGUGUUAAACGCAAAGAUGUUCGAGAUAUGUGGGUUGGAAAAUUGAGGGAAAUGCUGGGCAAAAGGGAAACAAAGAAACAGCCCACUUCAGCAGUAUCUAACACAGCAACAACGUCGCUUACUGGUCGUAUAACGGGUACAUCAGUAAUACAGCAGAAAGUCGUAUCACAUGCUGUAGAAUAUUACGAGAAUUUAGAACAAAACAACAAUGAUGAACCUGUGGGCCAAUAAGAUUUCUGUCUCCCAGUGACUGAUAUUUGUUUUGAGUUCGUAUUACAGGCAGUUUUGACAUUUUAGGAUUGGUGAUACAAAUCAUGUAUUUUCAAAAUAGAGAAAACUCAAAACCUUUGACUCCCCACAGCAUGUAUUCAGCACAUGAUGAUCUCACAUGUAUGGUCUUAGGUUUCUAGCAAGGUAUUAUUUUGACCUAAUAGGGAGCUACUAUUUUCCUGCAUUUUUUUUUUGUUUACUAUAUAAUAUAUAUAUAUAAUGUGUUUGUUUUAGAAUGGGAGGAUUUCACGAUCUUUGUGGAUCGAAAGAGAUAAAACAGGGGGUGAAAAAUCCGAAGGCGAUUACGCAUUUUCGAUAAGUCAAAUUUUGUUAAAUCUAAUUUAAUGCAAGUUAUCUGGCAUUUUCGACAAAAUAGAACUGUUGAUUCUUUCAUUUCUAACAUAUUUUUUGGUAGAAAUGUCGUAAAGUUAAAAAAUGACGAAGAUUUGAAAUUCUACUCGAGACUAAAAGAUUUUUAAAUAAUUAUAAAAAAAUUUGUUGCAAUUGCAACUCUUCAAUCUAUCAAAAACAUCAUGUACUAUGAUUAGUUUAUUUGUCGAAUUGAUUUGUAAUAAAUU